CCCCACCACAUUUUCGCACUUUGAUAAAAACCAAGUGACAAAGCAAACUCUUCCCUACUACUUUCUCUCUCUUACAUUUUUGCUCCCUCUCAAGUUUUAGAAACGGAUCCCGGGCGGGUAAGUAGAAAAUGGUAUCGGAUUCGGAGCUGGUGAAUCGGCUCCGCGAAAUAUUGCGGACGGCGGACCUCAACACCACCACGUCUGGCACCGUGCGCCGGCAACUCGAAAGCGACUUCGGCGAGGAUUUGACUGAUCGGAAAAAGUUCAUUUCUCAACAAAUUGAUGAAAUUCUUCAGGCCGGUGGCGUCAAUGGCGGCGGAGAUGAGAAUGUGAACUACGAGCAGCAGGAGGUAGACGACAUAGAUGACGGCGGUGAAGAAGACGGUAAAGAGGCGGAGGACGAAGAAGAAGACGGCAAGGAAGCGGUGGUAGAAGAGGAGGAGGAAGAGGAUGAAGAAGAGGAACAGAGAUCUGAGGAGGAGAUAAAAAAGAAAAGAAAAGGAACCGGCUUUACCAGGUUAUGUUGUCUGUCCCCCCAACUUCAGGAGCUUGUUGGAGUACCUGAGAUGGCUCGAACUGAGGUAGUUAAGAAACUCUGGGCAUAUAUUAAAGAGAAGGAUUUGCAAGAUCCAAGUAACAGGCGUAACAUAAAAUGUGACGAGAUGUUGCAUCCCAUUUUUCGUGUAGAUACCAUCAACAUGUUCCAGAUGAAUAAAUCUCUCUCUAAGCAUAUAUGGCCGCUCGAGUCAGACGAAGAUCGUUCAAUCGAAUCUAAGCCUCCAGUUAAGAAGCAAAAACGUCAGAAAGACGAAGAUACAGAAAAAUCAAAGCCAAAAGCAAAGCAAAAAAAGGGAGGGGCUACUGGCUUUCUUAUACCCCUGCAACUCUCUGAGGCUUUUGCGAAGUUCCUUGGUACUGGUGAAACUACGCUUAGUAGGUCAGAUGCUGUCAAGAGGAUUUGGGAUUAUAUAAAGCAGAAUCAGCUCCAGAAUUCUUGCCAUAUCAAACAGAAUAAAGUGAUUAUGUACAGUCCAAGCAAGGACCCUUCGGAUAAGAGGAGAAUUUUGUGUGAUGAAAAGCUGAAAGAACUGUUUGACGUAGAAACUUUCAACGGAUUUUCAGUUACAAAGUAUCUAACGGCUCAUUUGACCAAGGUAGAGCAACAAUGAGCAGAGUACUACUAAUGUUGGAAACUUGGAAGUAGUUCGGCCUGCAAAAGAGCUGAGCAAUUUUGUGGAAGUGCAGCAUACCAUGUAUACAAAUUUGGGAAUUAGUAGCAGAAUGCAGGUUUGAUAGGUAGUAAUUUAACAAACAGUUUGUAACUUAUGUAUUCUUUUUUCUUUUUCUUUUUCUUUUCUGACCGAUUCACCUUCAUGGAUGUAAUUAGCUUUACUUUUGUUUUAAUAUAAGUUCCUCUGUAACUGUAAGCUUCUCUGUAAUGAGGCUGAACUGUGACUUGCUUUUGAAUUCUCAUAUAUCAUCAAGACAUUUUCUGAA